AUGCCCAGAGCCAGGAAAAAAACACCUGCCCUGCGGGGCUCGAGGCCUACUCAAGGCCCUCGCGGGGGCCACUGUGGCGGUGGGAGACUCCCGGGCGAGCGGUCGCUGUUUUUCUCGGAGUCUGCGCAACCUUUCCGUCACAUUGGCGAAGCAUCUCUGCAGCCCGCGAAAUGGGCUGGCUCAUCCAAUGUCACUGAUCAACGAGAUGGGUUCACGCUGGCCCAGGAAGCACGCCAGACUUCUCAACAGGACCACUCCAUCUGGAACCCCAACUGCAAACUACGCAGCAAUCCAGUCGCCUUCCUCAGCGUCGGCACAAGUGAGCCACCCCGGCCCAGAGCAGCGUGCAAUGACGUGCCGUCGGACAACCCUCCCGGCCACCGGUGCAGCCCCAUGACCAUGAUGGAAACAGGAGACACAUCCGACCUCGAGGAAUCCAACCUCGGGGAAUCCGACAUCGAGGAAAACGUCCUCGGCCCAAAGGACCCGGAUGUCGCGGCACAGAGCAUUGCCCAGGAAAACCAGGCACCCCGCGCCCGGGAGGCAGCACCAUUCUUCAUCGAUCUUCUCGGCCAGAACUCUGGCGAGAGGGCGCACAAGGCAUACGUCGGCAUACCGAGUCGUGUGUCUUCGCCGGAGAGCAGUUCCAGCGGCGAGGUCAUAUUGUUUCGCGGCCGCAACAGAGGAACGCAAAACCGCGGCACGGCGCAGGUCUCGAUGCCCAAAUCCUCCAUUGACGACUCGAUCUUGGAUGAUUACAUUGCGAACAUGCUCGAGAACGGCGAGAUUGAAGAACAAACCAGCCAAAAGCCGCAUCAACGACAUGCUGGCCGGGAGAAGUCGGAUGGUAGCGUUGGCGACAAGGCCACGGAGAACAUUGACACACAGAGCCUGGAUGGGGCACACAGUGGAAAUUCUGGAGCGGAGAGCGAGCUAGACGACGAGACACUGGCCAAGCUGUUUGCGGGCCAAAGCCUGGACCCUAGACUUGGGACUGGCCGCAACGACCAGCAUGAAAGCGACAGUGACUCGACGGACGAUGUUCGAGGGCAUGGCCGAGGCCCAACGCCCCAGUGGGACGAGUUUGAUUUCAUGAACUGGGAGCGGCCUAGUCUGCAGCGGAAGAAGAGCAGAAGGAAGAAGCAACGGAAGAAGCAGCGCGAAGAAAGUCGGGUUCUCGGCAUGCUUGGCCACGGGACGAAGCCAGAUGACCUCAGAGUCAAGUACCCAACUGGCAUGAGCACAACGGAAGUAACACAAGAGCUGAGAUCUUUCCUCGUGUGCAUGCGUGAGACCCUGACGUUCCCGCCCAUGGACCUGCAUGCGAGGAAAAUGAUUCACGAACUAGCCAAUCAGUUCAAGGUCAAUUCGAAAUCGGCCGGUAAGGCAGACCAGCGUCGAACGACCCUGUUCAGAACGAAGAGGACCAUGCCAUACAUUGAGUCGACGUUUGAAAACGCCAUGAGUCGCAUCCGACGCCGCCAACUGCCACGACCGGAUGCCAAAAGGAGGCGAGCACCCAUCAAGAGAGUGGCGGCGGGCGGUAGUCACACAGCGGCAAGCUACCGAGACGGCGAAAUCAUAGGGGGAACGGCGGCCGAACUGGGCAUCGAAAAUCGCGGCCGAGCCAUGCUGGAAAAAAUGGGCUGGAGCAGCGGAACGGCGCUGGGAGCCGCACACAACAAAGGCAUCCUGCAACCAGUAACGCACACCAUGAAGCGCAGCAAGGCUGGCCUUGGCUAG